AUGGACGCCAAGGAGGCGACCUUCGAUGCGUCCUCCACCGCCGUGGUUCCUGUACAGCAGGAAGCUACCCACCAGGGCCUCGAGGCGCUGAGGGACAUAGCAUACGGCUCCUUCGCUGGAACCGUGGGCAAGAUUGUCGAAUACCCCUUCGACACCGUCAAGGUGAGGCUGCAGUCUCAGCCCGAUCACCUCCCUCUCCAAUACACCGGACCUCUCGACUGUUUCCGCCAAAGCCUGCGGCAGGGCGGCAUCGGAAGCCUCUACCGCGGGGUGAGUGCUCCGCUCUUUGGAGCAGCUGCCGAAACAGCUUGUCUCUUCUUCGCAUACCGCAUAGCRCAGGAUAUCCUCCGAAGCACAGUGUAUCCCAAACAUGGAGUCGAGAAGCUCCCACUUCCUGCGUUGGUCAUGGCAGGCGCCAUGUCAGGCGGUGUCACAUCCGUUGUGCUCACGCCAAUCGAACUGGUAAAGUGUCGCAUGCAAGUACCUCUACAAUCCUCCAUGGACCCGAGUCUAGCACGCUCAGGGCUGGCGGCCAAGUCUCUUGGUCCAUUGGCUGUUAUACGGGAUGUGCAUAGACGAGAGGGGAUCAAAGGGUUCUGGAGAGGGCAGCUCGGGACGCUGUUUAGAGAGACUGGAGGUAGUGCAGCAUGGUUUGGAAGCUACGAGAUGAUGACUCUAUAUUUCAAGAGCAGUCUUCGAGAUCCUCAGCAUGAAUCUCUGCCUCUUUGGCAACAAAUGGCCUCGGGAGCAUUGGCAGGCAUGAUGUACAAUUUCAUGUUCUUCCCCGCGGACACGAUCAAAAGCAAGAUCCAAACGGGAGAGCUGAACACUCGGCCUACGUUURUGAAUGUCGGGAAAGAACUCUACAAAGCUCGUGGUUUGAGGGGAUUGUAUUCAGGUUGUGGCAUUACCGUCGCCAGGAGUGCGCCCAGUUCGGCGUUGAUUUUCACGAUUUAUGAAGCUUUGAGGAAGACCUUUGGGUGA